AUGGCUGAUGAUAUACGAAUGCAUUUGCGAAUCGCGAGUCGAUUCGUGUUCUUCGGUCGUUACUUUUUGUGAUUUUCUCACGUGUAGUGGUAUUUCUUUGCGUGUUUGUAAAAUAUUAAUAAUAUUAAUUCAAAUUUUUCCAUGUAUAACAAUUAAUUGGAAAGGAACAAAGGAAAUAAAAUAUUCGGAAUAUUUUAACGAAAGUUCCCGAAGGUGAUUCAUUGUCUAACUGAAUUUUUAGCUUAGAAAGAUCGUGUUUUGGAGAAAAUUCUUACAUUACGAAUAAAAUUUUAAUUAAAUAUGACUGAAGAACACCAAUUGCCCUCUGAUUCUGAUGAAGAUGAUGAAGAUUAUAUUCCCGAUGGUGCAGAUAGUGAGCCAGUAUCCGAAGUAGAAUCUGAAGGUGAUGCAGAGAGUGGUCCUGAAGAUGAGAAUGAUGAAAACCAAAGAGAAACGACAAAGAAAAGAGGAAGAAAGAAAAAUAAAGUUAUAAAAUCUAAAAUUAGAAAGCGUAGAAGAACAAGGAAAAAGAUAACAGAGAAUAAGAAUGAUGAAAAAGAGGAAAAACAACAAAAAGAAGAAUCUAUCGAGAAAAAAGAACUUACCGAAGAAGAGGAGAAAAAAAGGGCUGAUUCUCUUUGGGCUGAUUUUAUGAAAGACACAGCAAUGACACCUAAACCUAAGCAACAAAAUGUAACAAAUAAAUCUAAAGAGAGAUCUCCAUCUAUAGAAAAGCCAAAAGUGGAAGAAAAAGUAAAAAUAACUAAAGUAUUUGAAUUUGCUGGUGAAGAAGUAAAAGUAGAAAAAGAAGUCUCCAUAGAUUCGGCAGAAGCAAGAAUAUCUCUAUCCUCUGCUGAGAAUUCUGAGAAAACAGGAAAUUCUGGAUCUCCUGCGGGUAGAGGAUCUGGAAGAGGUAGAGGUUUCAAACGGGCUGGUUUAGGGGGUAUUUCUUCUGUCCUUGGUCAAUUAGGAAAGAAGGCGAAAAUUAGUACGUUAGAAAAGUCCAAACUAGAUUGGGAUAAUUAUAAGAAACAAGAGAAUUUGGAGGAAGAAAUUAGUACUCAUAACAAAGGCAAGGAUGGAUAUUUAGAACGUCAAGAUUUCUUACAAAGGGCAGAUUUGCGACAGUUUGAAAUUGAAAAGCAAUUACGUAAUGCAAAUAGACGUAGUACACGGUGA